UAUCUACUCAGCAAAGAGGACAAAUGAAAGGGCUAAAGAGACAGAGAAAAUCAAACAGCAGGAAGACAAGAGGGCAUAUGUGACAGAAAGAGAGAGAGGAGCGAGUGAUGUCAUCAUUUGUGCUGGGCUGUGCUCUCUCCUCCCUCCGUCUCACGUCAUUGUACGCUCUCACACACACACACAUACACUUACCAGGGGCAGAGAGGAAGACAGAGGAACACACACCCACAUUCAGCAUCCUUUCAGUAGCAGCUUAGCAUCCGUAUCCAGGAUUGUUCACCUCAUUGUCAGAUAAAAGACCCAAUACUGGAGAAGGAGAUAGAGAGAGUGAGAGAAGAAGCUCAAAGUCAGCGAAAGCUCAUUUAGUAAAGUGGACAAUUAAAUUAAGGCUUUUAGUGAUGGCUGAAGGUUCGGGUGAGGUAUCACUGGCAGAUGUUGAGAUGGCUUUUCACAAAUUUGCAAUUCAUGGAGACACCAAAGCGACAGGAAAAGAGAUGAACGGGAAAAACUUUGUUAAGCUGUGUAAGGACUGCAAGGUCAUCGAUGGCAAAAGUGUGACCAGCACAGAUGUGGACAUUGUCUUCAGCAAAGUCAAAGUUAAAUCAGCACGAGUCAUCACAUUUGAGCAGUUCAUCCAAGCCAUGGCUGAGCUGGCUACAAAACGUUUUAAAGGGAAGAGCCAAGAAGAGGCAGUACAGCUUCUCUACGGUCUCAUUGCAGGCAAAGAACCUGCCAACGUUGGUGUCACUAAAGUGGCAAAAGCCUCUGCUGUGGACAGGUUAACAGACACCAGCAAGUACACUGGUUCUCAUAAGGAGCGCUUUGAUGAGUCGGGAAAGGGAAAAGGCCGUGUGGGGAGGGAAGACAUCCCUGACAGCAGUGGAUACGUUUCGGCAUACAAAGGCGAAGGCUCCUACGACAGCAAAGUAAAAGAGAACGAAUGAAGGGAAGGGAUGAAAGGAAAAGAAUGCUUUAUGCAUGACAUAAUGAGCAUAUGUGUGAAGUCUUCCUGGUUUUAUUUCAGCAGCUGGGUCGUGGCUUGUCUGCAAAAACAUACCCCUGGCUAAAAGCUUGCACGAAAACCAAUGUCUUUAUCAUUUUUGCACUCAUGAGUACUUCACAGUUAAUGAUCUACUGCCAUUAUAAAUCAUAAACACCCUUUGGCGAGGCUUGUGUUUGUUAUUUUUUUACACUGGUUCUUACUGCCAUGUAGCGACCUGCCUGUCUGUCCAUACCUGCUAGCUACCUGAAAAACAGUGAUUUGGAUCCCAGGGAAUACAUAUCUUGAAUACAAGCAAUCUUAGACAAAAGCUGCUGCCAAAUUUUUUUAGUGAGACAUUCAACACUCAAAACAAUACUCCUUUAAAAAUAAGCAACAGCUUAGAGUUGACAGAUGUGGGGUCAUACACUAAUCUAAAAGUCAUCAUGUUGCUCAUUUUUCGUGUAAUGUUUGCCGUUCAUAAAAUCAAUAUUUUUUUUAUAUUUAAGACUAAAUAAAACCAAAUAAUAACAUGAAAAUAAUAAAAUAAUAAAAAUGAAAACUGUAAUCAUUUACUCACUCUCAUGUCCUUCCAAAUCUGAUUUUUUUUUCUACUGUGAAACAAGAUUUUUUUUUAAAAAAAAAAAUUGUCCUAGUGUCAAUUGUCACCAAACAGUUUGGUUACCAACAUUCUUCAAAAUAUUUCGAUUCUGUGAUGUACAGAAGUAAGUUGUACUCCCUGUAAAAAAACACAAACACAAUUUGUUGAGUCAACUUAAUCUGUUACCCUACGUAAAAGCUGGGUUUGUUACCCAGCUGCCUUAAAAUUUUAAGUUCAACUCAACUCAAAUAUAUAAGUUGUCACUUAGUACAACUUAGCAUUUGAAGUUGACUAAACUUUUUUGAGUUGACUGAACUUAAAAUUUUAAUGGCAGCCAGGUAACAAAUUAUUUUAAGUUGACUCGACAAAUUGUUUUUUUUUUUUACAGUGUACUGGUUUGAAACGACAUGAAGGUGAGUAAAUGACAGAAUUUUCUUUUUUGUGUGAACUAUCCCUUAAAGUGCUGCUUUCUCUCUGCUGAGGUUAAUAUUUUGCUGGCUAAAUGAGCUUUAUUGUGUGCUAUUUGAGCUUUUUGGCUUUGUUGCACUGAGAUCUCUAUCAGGCUGUAAACACUGAACUGAGUCGACUCAAAUAAAGUCAAAUAAAGAAA